ACUCGCCUAAAUCACGGGAGGAAAACCUCACACUUCCUUCCGUCUACCCGAGUCGCCCGAAAAGCCCAGCACUUUCUUCCCUUCCGAUUUCGCACGAUGGCGACUCUCCUCCGCCGAUCCGCCGCCCCCGCGCGGCAUCUUCUCCUCCUUCCCCGCCAGCUCGGCGCCGCCCGGUCCAUGUCCCGCUACUACGCCCGUGACGAGGUUUCACGGUUCGACGCGCUGAGCACGCCGGUGAACUGGGGCGUGAGCAUCGUGCCGGAGAAGAAGGCCUUCGUGAUUGAGCGCUUCGGCAAGUAUCUCAAGACGCUCGACUCCGGGAUCCACGGGCUCGUCCCCCUCGUCGACCGCAUCGCCUACGUGCACUCUCUCAAGGAGGAAGCCAUCCCCAUCCCCGACCAGUCCGCUAUCACCAAGGAUAACGUGGUCAUCCAGAUCGACGGCGUCCUCUACGUCAAGAUUGUUGAUCCCUACCGUGCUUCAUAUGGCGUGGAGAAUCCCAUUUUUGCAGUCAUUCAACUUGCGCAGACAACUAUGAGAAGUGAGCUUGGAAAGAUAACCUUGGACAAGACUUUUGAAGAGAGGGACACAUUGAAUGAGAAGAUUGUGAGGUCCAUAAAUGAGGCUUCGACAGACUGGGGCUUGAAGUGUCUUCGUUAUGAGAUCAGGGACAUUUCUCCUCCACCGGGCGUGAAGAAUGCUAUGGAGAUGCAAGCAGAGGCAGAAAGGAGAAAGCGUGCUCAAAUUCUCCAGUCAGAAGGGGCUAUGUUGGAUCAGGCAAACCGCGCCAAGGGUGAGGCUGAAGCGAUUCUUUCCAAGUCACAAGCUACGGCCGAAGGGAUUAGAAUGGUCUCAGAGUCCAUGAGAGCUGAAGGCAGUGCUGAGGCUGCAAAACUGAGAAUUGCUGAACAGUACAUCACAGCAUUUGCUGCUCUGGCCAAGAAUACCACGACAAUGCUUCUUCCAAGCGACGCUGGCAACCCAUCAUCUAUGAUAGCCCAGUCUCUCCAGAUAUACAAGCAUAUAAGCCAGUCCAGCAGCCCGAAAGGAGGGAACCAACAGGCAGAAGAAGUUGAGGAAGCAGGACCGCAAGAAGAGGGCGAUACGUUCGGCCUGCCUUCUGUGACCAGCGCGAUGCCACCCAGCACGCAAACAGGCCAUGGCAGCACGUUCUCCCUGCAGAAGCGUAAAGAAUGAUCAGCCUGUUCAAGUACCGAAGGGAACCCUUUUUAGAUAGGAGGGUGUCACUGAAAACACCAGCAGCAUUUGAGGUUUCGAGCUUAAUUCAUGUUAUGUUGAGUCGGCUUAGGUUGAUAUGGUAAUUGACCUUACAUUAGUUAUCCAGGCGCCAAAUGCAAAGGAGGCUAGGCGACUGGGGAGAUUUUGACGGCAGCCUGCAAGACUUGUGUAAUGCAAGUAUAUCGCUCACGAUGCCAGCAUACUCUUGAUGGCAAUAUUUCACUGCAGCCUUUUA